CACCGCUACUUACAACCCACAACCUACCAUCUAUCUUACCUGACUUCAUCGACAUGGGUCUCUUCGGACGAUCGCACUAUGAUGACCAUCGCGAGUACUCCCACCACCGCCGUCACCACCGCAAGGAUCGCGACCGUGUGGCCGGGGGUUAUAAAGCUGCACUUGCCAAUCCGAACACAACCAAAGAAGGACGCCAGCAUGCGAAGUAUGAGCUCGAGAGGAUGGGCCGAGGAAGGGAGGCGCACGUUCCGCUUAUGACCAAGAUCAAGAGGGCUUUGGGCAUUCGGAGUACGCCCCGUUCGAAACGCCGUCAUGAACACUAUGAGCGCAGCUCCCAUCAUCGGAGGAGGGAAUACCACUGAUGCGUCAGAGGCUGGAUCCUCUAGAUUUUUUCCAUGGACCGCGCGGGAUUGACACCAUACCAAGUUAUGCUAUGAUGUCUGCACAAGCUUGACUGUACUAUAUUAACUUACCC